AGGCCAUUAUGGAGCGGCUAAGUAUGAAUCAGCCUCGUUCCCAUGUGGUGAUCACAGGCGGUGCUCGUAUGUCAUCACUUACAGCUGAGAUUGAAGCAGGAGAAGUUUCAAAUGUAAAAUACUUGGCCUCCUGUUACAAAAGAGCCACUGAGGAGUGCAAGAAAUGGAAGGAAAAGGAUGCGUCUCUUGUGGAAAUUACAGACAGAGCAAGAACACUGGCGUUGUCUUAUGCAGGGACUUGUUUAUUGAGCCCAGAAAUGUUUUCUAAAGCUGCCCCUCAGAAGCACUUGUUUCAACUACUAUUGACCAUGCAAG